AUGUCCCCUGCUGCCCAGUCCAACCACAUUGACACAUCUACCAACCUGUCUUCUGCAGAAAGAGAAGAUCUCCCAGCCCUGUUUGCAGACAUUCCUGCCCUUGUACAUGACUACAGCUACCUUCCCCAUCACUUUAAUGGUCCUUGUCGACAACGCUCUGGUGUACAUUGCAGGUAGAGGUCGAUCGAGAAUGGGUUUUGGCUAUAACCAAUAGUGCCAAUUCUGGGGAAAAACAGGGCCGCUUAAUCAGAUGAUUGUCCCAAAAAAGUAAUGUCGCCCUAAUUUUUCUAUGCUUAUUAACUAUUAUUACAUUAUUAAUUGGUCUACCCGUAAUUAAUAACCUGCCUGGUGAAGGACGCUGCCAGUAGCUACGGCAGAUACCACCUGCAGACUCUGAAAAACAACAGAGGUCUUGUGAUUUCAUCUGAAGGCACAGUGAGGGUCAUCAGAGCAGCAGAGUGGGUCAUUCGCCAGGCAUCAGCAGGCAGACGAUCACAGCCCAUCAAACCACAAGAGGCCCUCUACAUUGUGCGCAAGCGGAUCGGGUCAGCCACUGUGUUUUUGCUCUGGGCGCAUAUAAAACACACACAACAUUUUACGUAGAGGAGAGCUAUUUGGAGGAGGAUUCUUCUGAACUGAGGAGUUUUUCAGAAGAAGCAGAUUGUGCAUCAUUUGCACACCCAGGGUAGACUAAAAAAAUGACUGUUUCUGAUUUUAAACAUGUAUAGGUUGACUUUUUCAAUGUGAAAUCAAAACUCCAUGAGCAAUUACAAAAAUAGAAAGCCACGAUAAAGACAAAUUAGUUUUUGUAUUUCUUCUCUUAAACAGCUGACAAUUCCAUAUAAUGUGCAAUCAUCACUAACCAGAUGUUGCAAAGUGAAGUUCAAGUACUCUUAGAAAAAGGGACCAAAGCUCCCAAACUUAGACAUGUAGACAACAAGAGAAACAUGAUUUUCAUCAGAGUGGGUCUUUAAGAAGCAUUUGCAAUGUUGUCUUCACUUCUGUUUGUGGACCUAAUCGGACCUCCUGUGGACUUAUUUGAUCUGCUGCUGUUUGUAAGAUCCUGGGUCAAAGCAGGGCAUCGUCUCUUCUCUUCUUGGACAACGGGACAACGGUGAAAAGAGGCCGAGCCAAGGCCUCUGUGGUCCAUUCGUGCUUAAGGGAAGAAAAAUAAAUAAAUACAGGCUUAAAUGACUGUCUGUGAUAUACCUGCUUUGCUUCAUAUUGAAACACAUUUCACCAUAAGUCGGUUGGCUGGGGUCAUAUGUGAAUGUAUGGAUUUGUAUAUGUGAGUACACGCCCGCACAAGAGGGGCACACAAGUGCCCUAUUUGGUCACAGAGCAGAGUUGUGCUGUAGUCCAGCAGCUGUCUGCAGCUUUGUUGAUAAUGAUGCUAGACAGUUGGCUUAUAACGUAUCCGCUUCGCCCGAUGCUGAACUCCGGCUCUGCAUCCUCUCCUUCUCCUGCGGAGCUUGGCGGGGAUGUUCGGUCUCUCAAACUCCAAAAAAUAAAAGAAAAAGUGCCUGAGUCAUAGUCAUAGUUUCAUAUAUAUAUAAUUUGCAACACGGCAGUGGGCGGCAGUAGCUCAGGAGGUAGAGCGGUCAUCCAAUAACCGGAAGGUUGGCGGUUCGAUUCCCCCCUUUUCCAAGUCUGUCCGUUGUGUCCUUGGGCAAGAUACUUAAACCACCUUGCUCCCAGUGUGUGUCCUCCACUGGUGUAUGAUUGUGAGUGUUGUGUGGUGGUGGUCGGAGAGGCCGUAGGCGCAAAAUGGCAGCCACGUUUCCGUCAGUCUACCCCAGGGCAGCUGUGACUACUAAGGUAGUUUACCACCACCAAAGAGUGACUGUGUGAGCGAAUGAAUGAUGUAUCCAAUGUAAAGCGCUUUGAGGGUCUCUGAUAAAGCACUAUAUGAAAUCUGAUGCAUUAUUAUUAUUAUUAUUAACACAAUAAACAUGACAAUUGUGUAAAGAGUAACUUAUCAGAAGACAUUUUGACUAUAAUAAUUAGGUAUUUGAGUUAUUGAUGCUUAGACUUUGCUUUCUUUAAAAUAACCUCCUCUGGCUUUAACAACAGCUUGGCAUAUACCAGGCAUUCGUGCCACUAGUUUUCUAAAGUAUGUUCUUAAGGCUUCUAAGGCAUUCUUAAGUUCAUUAAAAAGAGACUGCUGAUUCGUGGGACGCGUUGUUCUGACCGAUCGAUCCAAUUCAUCCUGCACAAGCUCAAUUGGAGAAAGGUCUGGAGACUGAGGGGGCCAAACCAUCUUUUGAAGAACACCUUCCUCUUCUCUUUUGUCUAGGUAACCCUGACAGAGCUUGGCAGAGUGCUUAGGAUCAUUGUCUUGUGGCUCAUAAGUUUGUUUUGUAGCAAGUCUGAGUCCAGAUACACCAUGGAAACACUCACCUCCUCACACGCGUGCAACAGCUGCCUCCAAAAAUCCAAAGAAAUCGCUGAGCUGGAGCGUCGCAUUUCCAGCCUCCACUGGAUCCGUGGCGAGGAGUUACUCCUGGACUCGAUGCUGACGCUGGGUGCGGGCCUCCCUGUAGACCCAGCCGAGUUGGACUCCACCAUCCCGGCAGCCGCUGCUCCGCGGGCUCCACCGGCCCCAGCGGGUGCUGCUGCCGCCUCUGGCUCUCCACCUUCCCCUGCAGAGGCUCCUGCUGAGCCGGCUCGUCCUCAACCCAUGGACGCUUGGCUGACUCAGGGUGCAAGGCCAAGGCGAGUGCCGGCUCCCGCACUGGACUUCACUCCACACCCGAGGAGGUUUAACAUUCGGAGUUCCACCCCACGGUCCACAGCGGCUGCAAAGAGGAGGACCAGCCUGAAACCCCACUUCGAUCUCCAGCUGUCCUCGAGGUACGAUGUUCUCAGUAUUGCGGAUUUUCCUCUGCUGCCAGGAAGGCCGGAUCCGGGCCCAGCUGAUGCCGGACGAAGUGCAGCCUCACCUCCGUCUGCAGCUGGGAACAAGGAGAUGAACGGGGGUACGCACACGGGGCCUCGGCGCCCCCCUCCUCCCCCCCAUCAUGCAGACUCCUCGACCCGGUGCAAACCGUUCAGGGAACCUCUGCGAAGGCGCUCCGCUGGGAACAGACGUUCUCCGGCUCCCACCUUCGCACCACCGCCGCAUCCUCGCCCACUGUUCCCCCCGACCAUGGCAAUCAUCGGAGACUCCAUCGUGAGGCACGUCCAUUUUUUUAAUGCAGUAACCCACUGCUUCCCAGGCGCCACUGUCCCAACUCUCCUCCAUAAACUCCCGGAGCUGCUGGGCUCACUCCCAUCCUCCAUCACGAGGCUGGUUUUACACCUGGGUUUUAACGACACUUCCUCCCGUCAGUCUGAGGUGACCAAGGACCAUUUUAAGAAACUUUUUAAGGUUCUCACCAACUGCGGUAAGUCUGUUUUUAUCUCGGGGCCCCUCCCCUCCUUCGACUGUGGCAUCGGGCGCUUCAGCAGACUCCUCAGCCUGAACACCUGGCUCCAUUCCGCCUGCCCUUGCGGGUUCCGUUUUAUUGACAAUUUUAACUUAUUUUGGAACUGCUCCCCAUUCUACAAGGCUGACAGAGUCCACCCCUCUCGCCUGGGCAGCAGGGUGCUCGGCGACAACAUUCGCCAUGCUGUCCAGUCCACAUACACACCUACACACACACCCUCACACACACCUGACACACACACGUGACUGAUUUCCCCCUCUUCCUCUGUGUCACUGUCCCAAGCCACUACCGCCACCACCAGCUCCCCCUACCGUCCACCCCCAGUACUACAUCAUACCACUGCCAUUUCUCCUCCAAUCUCACCCUCUGCCUGAAUACAGUCAGUUUCACCAACACCUCACUCACAGUUCACCUCCAUAUCCUGCAUCCCAGUCAGAAUCUCACACCGAGCCCACAGAACAUUUCCUUCACGGACCAUCAACCUAACUCCUGUUAG